UUUUUUUUUGCUCUGCACAAACUCGUGCGCACUGUCAACCUGCCUGUUCUGUCGGUUUCUCUCAAUGUUGGAGAAAGAAACAGUGUGGCUAGUUUUGCUCAAAGAAAGCGGAGGACAGUCGAGGUUGUGCGGACCUGUGGAGAGGAUUUUGUGUUUUUUUGGACACUCGGGUAUCUCGACAACAUCAAAUCAUUGGACCUGAAGGAACGUUUAUCACGCAAGGAUUACAUUCAACCCAUUUACAUCAUAAAAUAGCUUUGGAGUUUGUGCAAACAUUUGCUUUCAUAUCGGGGGCUUUAAUGUCCCUCAACACCUGGAUUGUUUGUUGAAAGCUGAUGACAGAGCAACCUUGCAAGACCUUUAGUGUAUUGGUUCAACAACACGCAUAAAUGCUCUCCGAUGUUGGGAAGUUAUAGACCUCAUAGUGAUCAGCUUUCAAUCAAAUGAUUUAUGAUAUUGGAAUACAGGCCAGUGACAUCAUCUGACACCAUGUAAGACAUCGCGAAUGCUGACGCUAAAUAUGGCAUCACACUGCAUGAUACUGGAGCAAGUCUGAUUGCACCAAGGCAACAAUUCUGAUCAGUCGGUGGCAGCGAACAUGACAUCCCAGGGAGCACAUCGUCAGGGGCACCUCUUUGCCACCUUAUUUCCUUGCUGUUUCAAGAAUAAUGACCCAGCAGAAAUCACCCACUUCCAUGAGAAUAUCAGUACUGCAGUGCUGGAGCCCACCUUACCGAUGCCCCCUCAUGAAGAGCUGGACCUGAUGUUCACUGAGCUGGUGGAUGAACUGGACCUCACAGAGGAACAUAGAGCUGGCAUGUUUGCAUUGCCAGCAGAAAAAAAAUGGAAGCUUUACUGGAGUAAAAAGAUGGAAGCAGAAGGGGAUAAAGGAGCAACCAGCUGGCCAGAGUAUUAUAUUGACCAGCUACGUUCAAUGGCCGCAAGAAAGACCCUACUGAUUAUGGAGGACGAGGAAGAACAAGGAAGACAAAGGGUUGUAGAAGGCCUUAAAACAGCUCUGAGGACACAACCCAUGAGGUUUGUCACAAGGUUUAUUGACUUAGAUGGCCUAUCGUGUGUUUUGAACUUUCUCAAGUCAAUGGACUAUGAGACAACAGAGUCUCCGGUCCACACGUCAUUGAUCGGAUGCAUCAAGGCUUUGAUGAACAAUUCACAAGGCAGAACUCAUGUCCUGGGACACAGUGAGAGCAUCAACAUCAUUGCACAAAGUCUUGUCACAGAAAACGUUAAAACCAAGGUUGCCGUCCUUGAAAUUCUGGGUGCAGUUUGCCUGGUGCCUGGAGGCCAUAAGAAAGUACUUGAGGCCAUGCUGAACUACCAGACCUUUGCCUCAGAAAGAACACGCUUCCAGACUCUCGUGACGGACCUGAAUAGAGCAACAGGUCGCUACAGAGAUGAAGUGAAUCUAAAGACUGCCAUAAUGUCCUUCAUUAAUGCAGUACUGAGCCAAGGACCAGGCGAGACCAGUUUGGAGUUCCGUGUCCACUUACGCUACGAGUUCCUGAUGUUGGGAAUUCAGACAAUCAUUGAUAAACUUCGCUCCCAUGAUAAUGCAACACUGGACAGACAUCUGGACUUUUUUGAAAUGCUGAGGAAUGAGGAUGAGCUUCUGUUGUCCAAACGCUUUGACCGUGUUCAUAUCGAAACUAGAAGUGCAAGCCAGAUGUUUGAGUUAAUCAGGAAACGUCUGUCCCACACUGAAGCUUACCCUCAUCUCCUGUCUGCACUGCAGCAUUGUCUCAUGAUGCCAUUUAAGCAAAAUAGUACCAUGGUUCACUAUUGGGUACUGUUGGAUCGGAUAGUUCAGCAACUGGUUCUGCAAACAGACAAAGGCGAAAACCCUGAUGUUGCUCCCCUGGAAGACUUCAACGUGAAAAAUAUUGUUCGAAUGCUUGUCAAGGAAAAUGAAGUCAGGCAUUGGAAAGAUCAAGCAGAUUCAAUGCGAAAAGAUCAUCAGGAACUAAAACAACGUUUUGAAAAGAAAGAAAGGGAGUGUGAGGCCAAGAAUAAGGAAAAAGAAGACAUGAUGGCAAUGCUGAACAAGUUGAAAGACAAACUGGAGCGAGAGUGCAAUGACCACAAGCAAGCCAAACAACAACUGGUGGAACUCUCUGCUCGGCUGCAGCAACUCGGUUCUGCAUCCAGCGUUCCGGGGGGACUUCCUGUGACAGGAGGCAAUUUGGUUCCUCUUCUUCCUGUUCCGUCUCCUGCUCUUCCCCCACCAGGAGGGCUGGCAGCUUUUGGUAUUACUCCAUUUGCUCCACCACCUCCACCUCCACCUCCACCUCCAGGGGCUCCUCUUGGAAGUAUCAAGCAGAAAAAUAUUCCUCAGCCAACAAACCCAAUGAAGUCAUUCAACUGGAGCAAGCUACCUGAGAGCAAAAUAAAAGGCACUAUCUGGGCAGAAAUUGAUGAUCUCAAGGCAUUCAAAGUGCUGGAUCUUGACAAAUUCCAGCAUACGUUCUCAGCUUACCAAAGGCCACAAAAAGAAACUGAUGAUGACAAUGCCAUUGUAAGGAGAGUCAAAGAGCUUUCUGUGAUCGAUGGUCGCAGGGCGCAAAACUGCAACAUUCUGCUGUCACGGUUGAAACUAACAAAUGGUGAAAUUCGCUCAGCAGUCCUAUCCAUGGAUGAACAGGAAGAUUUGCCACGAGACAUGCUUGAACAGCUUCUCAAGUUUGUUCCUGAAAAAAGCGACAUAGAACUAUUGGAGGAACACAAGCAUGAACUUGAGCGUAUGGCCAAAGCGGACCGCUUUCUGUUUGAGAUGAGCAGGAUCAACCACUAUCAACAGAGACUCUUGUCUCUUUACUUCAAGAAAAAGUUUGCCGAAAGACUGACUGAUGUCAAACCUAAAAUCAAAGCUUUGUGUCUUGCAUCCAGAGAGGUAAUGAAGAGCCGAACUCUACGUCAACUCUUAGAGGUGGUUCUAGCCUUCGGGAACUACAUGAAUAAAGGACAGAGGGGAAAUGCUUAUGGAUUUAAAGUUUCAAGUCUGAACAAGAUUGCUGACACCAAGUCAAGCAUUGACAAAAACAUCACUCUGCUCAACUACAUUGUCACUGUAUUGGAGAAGAAGUUCCCUACGGUAAUGGCCCUGAAUGAGGAAUUGCAAUAUGUGCCAGAGGCUGCAAAAGUCAAUAUGAUGGAAUUGGAGAAAGACAUUUCCAAUUUGCGAUCUGGUAUCAAAAGCGUCGAAGCGGAACUACAGUACCAGCAAAGUCAAACCUCUCUUGGCCCAAAUGAUAAAUUUGUUCCUGUCGUCAGGCAGUUCCUCACUGUGGCAUCCUUCAGCUUGUCUGAGGUUGAAGAGUCAUUUGUUGAGGCAAAAGAUCUGCUUGGCCAAGCGCUGCAACACUUUGGCGAAGACUCGUCCAAGCUUCAGCCUGAUGAAUUCUUUGGGACCUUCGACACUUUCCUCUCAUCUUUCUCAGAGGCUAAACAGGCCAAUGAGGACAUGGCUAGACACAAGGAGGAGGAAGAAAAACGGUCACUUCUGGAGGCCAAGAUGAAGAGAGACAGGGAGCAGAAGGCAAAGAAGGCGCAAAUAAAUGUGAAAGGAGAUGAAGGAGGUGAAUUUGAUGACUUGGUGUCUGCACUUCGCUCAGGUGAAGUGUUUGAUAAGGAUCUUUCCAGAAUGAUACGCAAAAAACAUCGGCGACAAGAGACUGUCAACAACAACCGGGAGAGACCAGCAACAAAACUAAACCAGUGACGUGUCACAGGGGACCUCAACAUCUCAAUGGGACAGUGAAAGUCCUGUUGUAGCAUUACAGGAUGAGACUAUGUAUGCAUUGAUAUGAUACCUGUAUAAACAAAUACUAAAUACGUAACCCAUG